AUGUCUAACCAGGUGUAUAGCAAUUUCUCUGCGUUGAAGAGCCUCCAGAAUGGCCCGUUAUACCUGGAGGAUAUACCCUCGAUAGGGCUCUCCUCGCUGGUGGUCUACUACGAUCAGCUACUCUCAUUUCUUCAUACCAACUUGCUGGAUGUUCGGCCAGCUUACAGACAGGCUGGCUCUCUCUUCAUUCUGACUCUGGCAGGCCACACUCUCCUCUUCGCAAUCUUAUCAACCAUAUGGUACAUGCGGUCCUUUGACCAUAAGUUACAAAUAGACAGACGAUUCCGCGGAGCUCAGAUCAGAAAUGAGAUUAUUGAGUCCUUGCUUGGUAUUCUGGGCAUUGGACUGGCAAAUACCGUCUUUGGCAUGCUACAGAUACAUGGGUAUUCCCGUUUAUAUCACUCUAUGAAAGAUGGACCAGGGCUGUGGUAUGAAGUCAUGCAGUACCCACUCGCGAUGUUCCUUACCGAGACGGGAGUCUACUGGCUGCAUCGCAUGUUUCAUAUCCCAGUGCUAUAUUCGUAUACCCACAAAAGCCAUCACAGAUUUAUCAUCUCGACUCCCUUCUCCGCCUUUGCAUUCCAUCCAGUGGAAGCCUUCAUCAUGAGCUUCCCCAACUUGGGAGUACCCUUCCUUAUCCCCAUGUCAACUACAGCAUAUCUCAUCCUUUUGAUGUCUAGUACUGUCGAGACCAUCCUCAGUCACGACAGCAGAGAGGGUUUCCACACAGUACACCAUCUCAACCCCAAGGCCAACUUCGGGCAGAUGCUCACCAUCUGGGACGUGGUAAUGGGUACAUACCAAAACCCCCUGGGUUGUUUCCGGAGAGGGUCUGUGGGGCCCCUAAGAAUCAAGCGAAAGAGCCGUAAAUAG